AUUUUUUUUCUUUCCAAAUCAAUAUCAUAAUAUAUACGAGUUUUAAUCGUCAUUUGCAUUUGCUCUGAUUAGGUAAGUAUAGUUUGUGCAUGGUAAAUAAAUUCAGAAAGAAAUGAGUGUAUUUCCUGGAUUUGGUGGCUGGAUCAAUCAGAACAUUCAACAGCCUCCUAAGGCUGAGUCCAGGAGAUCUGAGAAUGUUAAAUCUAAUUUAGUUUCAGAGAAAGAUACUAAUAAUGAGGAAGGACUAAAUUAUGAAGAAGAGGAAAUGAAGAGGCAACAUGAACUUUGGAAAGCUGCGGAGAAGAAGCAUCCAUGGUAUGAUGCACCUCCUAAGGUGAAGGUUACAACAAAAAAGGGUCUUUGUCAUAUGAACAUAGAAUUGACAUUGGGCUUGACUCCUGAUGGAGUCUAUGAACUUUUUACUAAUCCAAGUAACGGCUCACUCUUCUUCGAUAUGGACAUGAAUGGCCGCCCACUUCUGGCAACCAAAUCAAGAAAGGUUUUGAAGAAGGAUGGACCGAGGCAGAUCGUGAGAUUGAAGAAAGCUGUGGCUUGGGACUUUCUUUGGUGGUCUGGAGAUUUUCCGAUACAUCUAAUUGUCGAUGUAAACAAAAAAGAUCUUACAGCAAAAUAUAAGAAAGAGAAAAUGAUGUUCAUGAAAGUUUUCGAAGGUAACUGGAAAAUAGAGCCACUAUACGUAGAUUCAGUCCGCUUGUGCAAGCAUAAGGAGCCUAAGAGUCUACAAGAAUACAAAACAUGUAGUGGCGGACAAGGAAGGGUUGCAUCGAAAGUAACAAUGGACCAAUAUUUUCAGCCAUAUACUCCUUUUAAUCUGCCACCAAUUUCUUGGUUCAUUCGUGAUAUCACCAUCAGGACCACCAAAACUCUGCUCAAAAUGCUUCAACAUGCGAGUGUUGUACUACGAGAGUGAGUCUCUAGAUAACAAUGUUAUAAAGGCAUCAAGCAACAAACAUAGAAAUCACUAACCUAACUGAUCACACAUAUGUAUGUUGUAAGUUGUAACAAAGCUCUAUACCAAUAUAUCUGGUACAACAUAAAAGGAUGGAAACGGUUCAAUCGGAUGCGUCAUGACGUGAA